GCGCCUCACGGGCCCAGGAUCCUUCGGCUACUGGAGGAGGUAUACCGCUGGCUGCCUCUUGUCACUAUCAUCGAUAACAAGGUGAUGGUGGUCCACGGUGGCAUCUCCAGCGACACUGACCUCAGCUACAUCACAAACAUCGACAGGAGCAAGUAUGUUAGUGUGUUGCGGAGCCCUGCAGGUACACUGCCUGACGAAGACUCACCUACCCACGCCUGCAGCACCACCAACGCUCGACACGUCGCCGCCACCUUCGAGUGGAAGCAGGUGCUGGACCUUCUAUGGAGCGACCCCCAGAUACUACCCGGCUGUCAACCCAACACAUUCCGUGGUGGCGGCAGCUACUUUGGCCCCGACACCACCAAGGUCUUCCUUGCCAGGCAUAGACUCACCCUCCUCAUACGCUCACACGAGUGUAAACUGGAAGGCUACGAGUUUACUCACGGCAACACGUGUUUGACCAUCUUCUCAGCCUCCAACUACUACGAGGCUGGUAGCAACCGUGGAGCCUAUGUCAAGCUCCAGGGACCCCGCCUGGAGCCUCACUUCGUCCAGUAUACUGCUGACAUCAAGACUCGGAAACUGACUAUCCGGGAGAGGGUUGGGAGGCUGGAGACCUCAGCCUUCAGAGAGCUGCAGGAGCAGAUCCUCGCCUCUAAGACCAGACUGCAAGAAGCCUUUUUGAAGAGGGACAAGAAGAAAACAGGUUACAUAAGUGUUGGGGACUGGGUAGAGGUAAUGGAGAAUGAAAGUAACUUGAACCUGCCGUGGCGGGUUCUUAAGGAUAAACUAGUGUCACUGCACCCGUCUUCAGGUCAUGUCAAUUAUGACAGCACCUUCAUUGAUGACACCUUUAAGAAGGACAUCGCUGUCAAAGGUGGUCCCACAGUCUUGGAGGCUCUGUACCGCCACAAGAGCAGCCUGGAGACCAUCUUCACACUCAUCGACAAGGACAAUUCUGGUUACAUCAGCAUGGAGGAAUUCAGAGAGACGUGUGAGCUCCUGAGUCGUCACAUCGACGUCCCCAUCUCCAACCAGGAGAUCACUGACUUGGCUCGCUCCAUCGACAUCAACAAAGACGGCUACAUCGACUUCAACGAGUUCCUUGAGUGUUUCCGCAUCGUGGAGUCCAGUACGAGAGGCGCCGAGGACGAAGACGAAUACGAGGACGAGGACGAUCAAGACCUCGAGGACGGCAGUGAUCAGAACGGCGAGGCCAAGUUGAACCAGCAAUUAUAACAGCAAGUCGUCUGAGUAACUUGUGUCUAGUCUGUCUUGUCCCUAUUGAUCUACCCACGCCUAGGUGCAAACACGUACUCCAGAGAGCCUAUAGAAGACAUAGGUGCAGAGUAAAUUUUGUUAUGAUAGCGUUUAACUCAACACAUAUUGAAACGUUGUUACAGCUGAAGCUGGUUCUGCACCUGUGUUAUUCUUUCAUUACUUAGUAUUACUUUGCAUCAUCCUCAACACUCUUAUCACCACAUCUUAGCCAUAUCAUGAUGAGAUGAUCUUAUAUGUAUACAUGAUCCGUGCGUUACUUUCGUUCCGCUGUAACCAGUAACAAUGCGAGAGGGAAGGCCAGAGGUCGUGAAGCAAUGACUGUAAUGCCACGGUAGUCUCCAGGCACCACUAAAGCUAUGAUUGCUCUGCUGAGGGCCUACGGGAAUCUGUUCUGCCACGGUAGUCUGCUGGCGAUACUGAUGCUAUGGCCAUUUUGCUAUGAGUCUAUACGGGAGUCUGUCCUGUCAUUGCAGUCUGCGGGCGAUACUAUGUAAAUGAAUGUUCUGCCCUGGCAGUCUACAGGAGAUGCAAGCAAUUAUAAUAAAUAUUAAUUAUCUAAAUAUUUACAUACUAGUUAUUAGAUUCUAAGAACUGUUCCAUAUA